AUGGAUUAAACUAUUGAUAUGAAUUAAGACAAUAAUCCUGGUUCACAUAUCUUAGUAGACCUUUAGAAUCUUGAACUUCAAUACUCAUAACCAAGAAAAAAUUAGGAUGACAAAUAUACAAUAUAUUUCUUGUUUUUUCAAGGAAUUGUUUUAUUAAUUUCUUUAGUGAGUCUUUCAAUUGGAAACUAAAAACAAUUAGGAAAACCUAUUGAUUCGAAUGGUAUUAACAUGUAUUCUAAAUUAUGAGGAAAUAUUUGUGGAGUAAGUCUAGGAUUUGAAUAGUACAAAUAUAUUUAUUUUACAAAUCCGGUAAAUGAUAAAGAUUUAAAUAUAACAGUUUGUGUAAGGGAAUGUCCGUUAAAUUAAAAUUAUCUUAAUGGUUUUAAAUAUAAUAUUUCUUAGACUCUUUUGAAUUAUAAUGUAUACCAAACCAAUUUAUUUCAACAUGCAAAAAUACUCUAUCUACUCAAAACUUCAAUUUGUUAUACUAUGAUACUCUACAUUUUGAAAAUAUCUGUUUACCAAAUAAUCCAAAAUAUUUAAAUAAUGUUUUGAAUGCUAUAAACAAAUCUUAAAUUCUAUUAUUUUUUUAGGAUUUCAAUUAUGGAAUUCAAAUAAUUAUUUGUACAUUUUUGUUUUGUCUAUUGCUUAAGUAUUUAUAUAGAUAGAUUUAAUAGCUAAAUAGUAUAUUUUUUGAUUAUAAAAUUAUAAAAGAAAAUUAUUUGGGUGAUCUUAGUUGCAUUAAUCAUUAGCCUCAUCAUAUUAGCUUUAAUAAGUCUUAUUCAUUACUUUUAUGAAAAUAGAAUUUAAUAAAUCAAACAACAUCAAAAUUAAAAAUUAACACUAUCAGAAAUAAUUAAUAUUGUACAAACAUAAAAUUACAAAUUUUAAGCUAUUUAAUUUCCUUUAAUUUUCAGUGCUUUUUUUGUUAUUAUGGCAAUAUAUUAUAUUUUGGAUUUUAUUUUGAAUUAUAAGAAAUAUAGGAAUAUAGGAUUAAAAAUUGCGAUAAUUAAUUAUUUUUAUGAUUAUCCUUAACAAACUUAACUAAAUUCACACUACAAAUCUAUGUUUAAAAUUUUUUAUUUAAUACCGAUUUUCAUAGUAUUAAUUUUAGUAACAAUUUUCUUCCUUUGGGUUUUUAUUGCAAAGUAACUAAGCUUUUUAAUUUAGCUCUAUUUUAACUAUUGGAAGUUUAUCAAUAUAUAAAUAUCCAUUUGAUGCUUUUCAGCCAAAUUGGAUAACAUAUAUAUUUGGAAUAACACAUAUUUUAGAGUUAAUUCUAAUCUUUUUGAUAGUAUCAGGUUUAAGUAAAUUUCUUACAAUUGGUCUCAUAAUGGAAAAUUAUAGAUUUUUUAUCAAUUAAGAUCAAAGAUAUAAAUAACUUAAUGAAUAUAAAUCUAUUUGGAAAAUUCUUUAAUAUAAUUUUACCCAUUUUGGAACUAUAAUUUCUGGUUAAAUUUUGAUAAUAUUCUUAAAAAUACCAAAAAUUCUUGUUAGAAUAUAUUUAUGGAUUGUUAAAUCUAUAUAUUCAAAUUAUCAAACACCAAAUUUGAUAUCAAAUAUUCUAUCUAUCAAUGAUAGGGCAUACUUACUUUCAUAUUUAAAAGCUAAAUAAUUCUUAUCUAAUACAAAAUCCUAAUAUAUAUUUGAUUAGAAAAUGAUGGAUUAGUAAUAGAUUUAUUAACAUGGGAAAUAGUUAACUGAUACCUGUUGUUUUGCCAUUUCAAAUUUUUGCUUGUUUUUUACUUAUAUACUCUUGAAAAUGACUAAAACAACAAUAAUUAUUUAAGAACCAAACAACUUUCUUUUUUUAUCGUUUUUUUCUUCCUAUUUUGUACAUUUAUAUGGUUAUUUAGAUGACAAAAUUUUUUACUAAUAUUUACGGAAUUACAAUUGAUAUUUUAGAGAUAUUAUUAUAUAGAGAUGCAACAAGUGAUGGUAAAAUUGUAGGAAAAAGUGUUAAAAUACCAAUAAGACUUUUAAGAGAUGAAAUAAUAUGA